AUGGAGUCGCUCAGUGUGGCUCUGGUUUCAUUAGCUAGCGUCGUGUUAGUGCUGCGACAGACAGACGCGACAGUUCCUCUGGCAGCAACAUUUGGUCUUGUGGUGUAUGUUGUGGGAACAGUUGUGUUGAAACUCGGAAAGGCGUUGAUAUACCCAUUCUAUAUCUCUAAGUUGCGGCAUUUGCCUGGACCAAAGGAUAACCAGUUCCUCGUCGGACAGGGCAUUCGCCUGCUCAAAGCGGCCGGUCCCAAUGAUUUAUAUCUCGAGUGGGUGCGCAAAUGGCCCGAUGCGCCCUUCAUCCGCCACCUCAGCUUUGGCAACUCGGAGGUUCUCUUGGUGAACAGCCUGGAAGCAGCUCGCGAAGUUCUCCAGACACAUGCGUACUCGUUUGUCAAGCCCAGCUUCUUCGUGAAGCUGGUGGGAGAGAUUGUGGGAAUUGGCAUCUUGUUCAGUGUGGGCGACCAGCAUAGGCAGCUACGACGAAUCACGGCUGGACCUCUUUCGAAGCCGAGCGUGCGAAAAAUGCUUCCCAUAUUCAAGGACAAGGCCAGAGAGCUGUCUGUCGAGUUCGAUACGGCGAUUGGAGAAGAUAAAAAUGGAGUAGUUGAAGUCGAAGCCCUAAUGAACCGAACAGCCUUCAAAGUCAUCAGCACCGCCCUCCUUAGCAGAGACAUCUCCGAGUUUCGAUCCAGCUCAUCGCCGCUCAGCUUCGAGGAGUGCUACAGGGCCGUUCUCGUCCCGCCGCUGCUGGGAAAGCUCAUCACGUUUCUAAACCCAUUUAUUCCGCUGCGGUGGCUCCCGAUCGAAGCGAAUCGAGCCUUUAUCCGGGCUAAUAAUGCUCUGAGGGGGAUGCUCACCGAGUUGGUUGAAGAGCGUGUGCAGCAGGUCCAGCAAGAUAAGAAGAGUGGCCAAAGCGAUGAAAAGGCCGAUACCAAGGACUUUUUGACCAAGCUGAUUGAGGCGAAUCUGGCUGAGAAAAAAGGUGUUUCUGACCAGAUGUUGGUAGACCUUAUUAUCCAAGGCGUUUCUGCUGGCCAUGAGACUACAGCUGGUGCCCUCACUUGGACUGUGUACUCACUCAUCAAAUACCCGGAUAUGCAAAAGCGACUGCGCGAAGAAAUCCUAUCUGCCCAGCAGAAACAGCCCGACCUGGAUGCCGCAACCAUCGACGGUCUCCCGUACCUCAACAACAUCAUCAGCGAAAGCCUGCGCGUCUACUCACCAACCCUCAUGGCACCAUGGGAAGCCGGCGAAGACGUCGUCAUUGCAGGCGUUCUCAUCCCCAAGGGCACCACCGUCACAACGAUUCCCGCCAUGGUUCACCUCAACCCAGCCAUCUGGGGUGCAGACGUCGAUGUUUUCAACCCGGAUCGAUGGGACUCGACGACAGGAGCGGCGGCCAACCCUUUUGCCAGCGAGUCGUUUAUUAAUGGCCCGAGAACGUGUCCUGGUAGAGCGCUUGCGCUGCUAGAGAUUAAGACGGUGCUGGUGGAGAUGAUGAGCAACUUUUCGCUGGAGGCUGUUGAUGUGGAUGUAGGGUUUGAGCAUCCGACUUUGACACUGAAGCCAAAGGGGGGAUUGCAUGUUCGAGUGCAGAGGCUAUGA